GGUGGCGGUGGCGCUGGGCCUGGUCCCCCCGGCACCAUGGCCAAGACCGUGGCCUAUUUCUACGACCCCGACGUGGGCAAUUUCCACUACGGGGCCGGGCACCCGAUGAAGCCGCAUCGCUUGGCUUUGACCCACAGUUUGGUGCUGCACUACGGCCUCUAUAAGAAGAUGAUUGUCUUCAAGCCGUACCAGGCUUCUCAGCAUGACAUGUGCCGCUUCCACUCCGAGGACUACAUCGACUUCCUGCAGAGAGUCAGUCCCACCAACAUGCAAGGCUUCACCAAGAGCCUUAAUGCCUUCAACGUGGGUGAUGACUGCCCUGUAUUCCCUGGACUCUUUGAAUUUUGCUCCCGUUACACAGGUGCAUCUCUGCAAGGAGCAACACAGCUGAACAAUAAGAUCUGUGAUAUUGCCAUUAAUUGGGCUGGUGGGCUGCACCAUGCCAAAAAAUUUGAGGCCUCUGGCUUCUGCUAUGUUAACGACAUUGUGAUUGGCAUCCUGGAGCUGCUCAAGUACCACCCUCGGGUGCUCUACAUUGAUAUCGACAUCCACCAUGGCGAUGGGGUCCAGGAAGCCUUUUACCUCACGGACCGGGUCAUGACAGUGUCUUUCCACAAAUAUGGAAACUACUUUUUCCCUGGCACAGGUGACAUGUAUGAAGUUGGAGCAGAGAGUGGCCGGUACUAUUGUCUCAACGUGCCCCUACGGGAUGGCAUUGAUGACCAGAGUUACAAGCACCUUUUCCAGCCAGUUAUCAACCAGGUGGUAGACUUCUACCAACCCACAUGCAUUGUACUGCAGUGUGGAGCUGACUCUCUGGGCUGUGAUCGGUUGGGCUGCUUCAACCUCAGCAUCCGAGGACAUGGGGAAUGUGUUGAAUAUGUGAAGAGCUUCAAUAUCCCUCUACUGGUGCUCGGUGGCGGUGGCUAUACUGUCCGAAAUGUCGCCCGUUGCUGGACAUACGAGACAUCGCUGCUGGUAGAAGAGGCCAUUAGUGAAGAGCUCCCCUAUAGUGAAUACUUCGAGUACUUCGCCCCAGAUUUCACGCUCCAUCCAGAUGUCAGCACCCGCAUCGAGAAUCAGAACUCGCGCCAGUAUCUGGACCAGAUCCGCCAGACAAUCUUUGAAAACCUGAAGAUGCUGAACCAUGCGCCUAGUGUCCAGAUUCACGAUGUGCCUGCAGACCUCUUGACCUACGAAAGGACCGAUGAGGCGGACGCAGAGGAAAGGGGUCCUGAGGAGAACUACAGCAGGCCAGAACCACCCAAUGAAUUCUAUGAUGGAGACCAUGACAAUGACAAGGAAAGCGAUGUGGAGAUUUAAGAGUAACUGGUUUUGGCUGUGUCCCAAGGAAUUCCUUGUACCUCCUGGACCAGAAGGAAAGGAGGUGGCUCUGCCAGUCCUUGACCAUUCAUCCCUAGGGGUUUUAGCAAAGAGGAAGUGUUUGGAGACCACACCUGGGUUUAGACACAAUUAUCCUUGUCCUCCUCUCCCAAGGCCUGACCAUGGUAUCUACUAGAGAUUGGCUGAAGACAAGGAUGAGCUGUCUCUAAAAUAUCUUGGACAACAGGUUCUAGAAACUAGUCUCCAACCCCCCUGACCCUCUUAUUCUUUCCCUGCUUUCCUCCAACCCUAGACAUUUAGGGUUGGGAGGAGAGGCAGGACUGAGGUUACCUCCUCCUGGGCUCUCCUGCUGCAUGCCUUGUUCAGUGCAGGUGAAGAGUGAGGGAUCUUAGGGAACGCUGGCUCUUCAAUACCUUAGCCCUUGAUGAUGGAAAGUGCAGUUAAGACUUGGAGGAGGAUGUGAGUACGUCCUUUCCUAACAUGACUUUGUGUUCAUUUUACCACUGUUUUUAAUCCAAUAAACCAAGUUGGUAUUUUUUGUAA